CAGAUUCAACCUGGACAAGAUUCAGCUUAACUUCGACAUCCAAAGCUUCGAGGCUCCUAAGCAGUGUGAGGAGGAGAGAAUUAAGCUGACUAGAGAAGCUUGUAGCCCCGAGCAACCGUAUAGGAACCAAGAUGGCAGCUGUAAUAAUCUGCCAAACCAGGAGAAAGGGCGAGUUUUACGCCUUUUAUACGCCUCGUGGCUUCAGAUUUUGGUGAUGGUGUGAAGUCAUUAGAGGGCAUCAGACGGUAACAGUUGCCAAAUGCCCGUCUAGUGAGUACUACUGUCAACCUACAGUCAUCUGGUCAGCCCUCCUGUCUAAAUAUUCUCCACAUGAGCUUUGGACAGUUCCUGGAGCACGACCUGACAGAGACUCCAAUGAGUAAAGGAGUCAACGGCAGUACAAUACCCUGCUGUCGGGAGGCGGGGCAGGACUUCAGGCACCCCCUACACCCUCAAUGCGCCCCUAUCGGCAUCACCUCCCCCGACGCCUUCUACACCCCUUACGGAGUCACCUGUAUGGAGUUUGUGCGGUCCUUACCUGCCGACAGAUGUACCUUAGGGCCAAGACAACACCUAAAUCAGCUUAACUCGUAUAUAGACGGCGAAAGCAUCUACGGGAACUCACUGAAGGAAACUGCUGAACUGAGAACUUUUCAGAAUGGACUACUGAAAACUCAGUUAUCAAGAGACGGUACUGAGCUCCUGAGCCCCAACAAGAACUUAAGUGGCUGUAAUGUGCCUGAACUGAGCGCCAAGGGAGAGUUCUGUUUUAAGGCGGGCGAUGGACGAGUGAACGAACAAAUUAUGCUGGUGGUAGUAACGGCAGUGUGGGCGAGAGAACACAACCGCCUGGCGAAGAUACUGGCGAAGCUCAACGCUCACUGGAACGAUGAGAGAAUAUUUCAAGAGGCGAAGAGAAUUCUCGUGGGAGAACUUCAACAAGUGACCUAUAAUGAAUACCUGCCUCCAGUGAUAAGCCCCCGACUCAUGGAAGCAGCUGGACUCAACACAGGUACAGACGGCCAUCAAACGACUGAUUACAAUGAGAAUAUUGACCCUUCCAUCACUACUGAGUUCGCUACAGGUGCCUUUAGAUUCGGCCACACGCAAGUUACUGAUAUCUUGAUGGAAGUAGCCAAGGAUGGGGGCACAAGAAGUCGUGACUACAGCAGUGUAUUAUUUGACCCGUUCCCUCUGUACCUACCUGGCACACCUGAGCGGUUAACGAGAGGAGCCAUGAGCCAAUCAGCGGGCAAGGUCAGGAGUGGCGCGUCUAAAGAGGUCUCAGGGAAGCUGUUUCGCGGCAUGAAACAGUUCGGGCUUGACCUUCUGGCCCUGAACAUACAACGUGGUCGUGAUCAUGGGAUUCCAGGAUACGUCAGGCACAGAAUGGCUUGUGGUCUGACACCUGUGAAGAGUUUUGAUGACCUAACACCUGAUAUUGAAGCUAAGGUGUUGGAGAGUCUCAAGAAGGUGUACAGGAAAGUUGAGGACAUAGACCUAUUCGUAGGAGCCCUGGCGGAGAAACACGUCUCAGGUGGCGCCGUGGGGCCGACUUUUGCCUGCAUCUUAGCGGAUCAAUUCGUUAGAGCCAAAAUUGGUGAUCGAUACUGGUUUGAGUAUGGUGAUUCGCCUGGUGCUUUUACUGUAGGUCAACUGAGAGAACUACAACAAGUCUCCUUCUCUCGAAUUCUCUGCGAUAAUGUAAGGGAAUUGACUCAAGUUCAACGCUGGUCAAUGGAAGUUCUGAGUCCCUUCAACCCGCUCGUGGCCUGUGAGUCUAAGUGCAUCCCGAGGCUAAAUCUGGACCUUUGGAAAGAGGAAUAUUAAAUACCUUUGGAGUGUGUGGUACCAAACCUAACCAAACCUAACCAAAACCUAACCAAACCUAACCAAAACCUAACCAAACUCUAACCAAACCUAACCUAACCCUAACCAAACUCUAACCAAACCCUAACCUAACCAAAUUCCAAUAUAUAAAUAACUAUAUUUUUUUCCAAAGUUUUCAAAGUUUUUAUUUUAUCGAGUUAAAAAAAUUGAUUAUUGUUAAAAAAUUAAAUGUUUUUAUUUAAUUUAUGACCAAAAUAAAAUUAAUUGAAGUUUGUGUUUUUGAUGUGAAUAAAAAUAUGAAUUAAA